AUGCUCUGCCUCUCCAAAAGAGUUAUCAUCUUUCUGGCUAUCGCAGCCCAUUCUGCUACUGUUCACAAAGUAAGCCAUCCAAUGUCAAUUUCAGUAAUGAGUAAUGUAUUUCAGCAUCAUCAUCACAAGCCACACGGACUCAUAACGGAGACUAUGCUUAAUUUCGAGCAACGGCCGGAGGAUUCAAAGGUGGUCGCAGGAGAGCGGCUCACCCUCUCCUGUGGGCUCACCGGGACCCCCACUGGACACAUUCACUGGACGAAGGACGGAAUCAAAAUUCAAGGAGGAUCGACAGAGCGACUCGAUUCGAAGCCCAACGAGGAUCGUUUGGUCAGCGAGAGUGGGAUCACCAAGUCCGUUUUUGUGGUGAACUGUGCCGGCGAAGACGAUGCAGGCACAUACGAGUGCCACGGAGCGAACGGAGUCACGGAAAUACGGAGCAGCGCCAAGGUUACUAUCGGUAAGCAGAAGAAAACCAGAGACAACUUUUCAUGAAUUUUUUUCAGUAUCGUCGGAAUCGGAAUCAGAAUCAGACAACUGCAACUCUGCCUCUACUUACCCGCCGACCAUCACCGAGUGGACUAUGAUCCGUCUGGAGAGAAUCGGCAACUUCGCGCAUUUGCAAUGCCGCACGGACCAGCCGGCCAAAUUCUCCUGGACGUUCGGAGGAAACCUCAUCGACACGGCGGACGGACACUUCACUCUGCUGGAGAACGGAGAUCUGCUGGUCAAGGACCUCGUGGUGGCAAACCAGGGCAUCUAUGAAUGCACCGCGUUCAAUGGGAACGGAGAGUCUACUCAAGAAGUCGUACUGAUCACCACAAGACCCGAAAUUCAAUAAUUCAUCAAUGAUCUGUUGUUAAUAAAUAUUAUGCUAUAGUUCGGUUUUUGUUUUAAAACAAUUAAGAUAACAUGAUGCUUCUGAUCAUCAGUCUUCUUCACAUCGCCUUUCCGAUUUGUCCUUCUUUGUAAUGUGAGAUGAUGACAUACUAUUUUUAUUUUCGAGUUUAUGUAGAUUAUUCAGUAACCGCGCAUUUAGAAAAAGCUAUUAGAAAAAUAUCAUGGCGAAUGCUUCAAUCUUCCGCUUCAUAACACAAACGCAACAUUUCAACUUUAGUAUGCAAAAACGACAAAUUCACUCUCGCUGCGGCAACGUCUCGCUGCGGCAACUGCGGCAACCCCCAUAGCAACGAGAGAUUGGACCCCAUGUUCUGUUUUCAGAUGCCAUAACUCGGCUGAAACACGAUUGUUAAAGAAAAAUCUUGAAAUGCAGGUCAGUACUACAUCAAAGAAAAUGAGGACGAAGUUUUGAAUCAUAAAGUCGGAAGCUAGGGUUAUUCUUUGCGUAAAGAAGUUUCAAGACGUUGUAAGAAUGUCAUAUUUUGAGCUAAAGGCUUCAAACUUCGUACCUGUCUUGAUAAAUGUAUUGACAAAACAGAUCUCCCUAUUUUUCCAGAAUGGUUCAGUUUCAUCCAAGUUAUGCUAUUAAAAACUCGGAGAACACUUGUUGAGAGCUGACUUCUUGCAUAGCAAUAACGUCAGAGGGAGGAAGAAAGAGAGAGAGUUGACUUCUUGCAUAGCAAUAAUGUCAGAGGGUGGGAGGAAGAGAGAGAGCUGACUUCUUGCAUAGCAAUAACGUCAGAGGGAGGAAGAAAGAGCUCCCCAUGGGUAGAAAUGAAAAAAAAAACGAGACGGCAAUAAAUAAAAUGACAAUUUCUGCCUUUAUAUACCCCUGUGGGCGUGGCCAUUCUAAUUAGGGGGCGUGGCUCUUUUGUCGGCAUUCUUAUCACUAAUCUCCGGCUUUAAUCAAGAUGGUGUGGGAAUGUGAGCUUCAAGCGGAUUUUCGGCAAGUUCAAAGAAGCCGACUUAAUUACAGACGGAGAUUAGUGAUUAGGACGCCUACAAAGGACUCCGAUGGGAAAGAUAUGGAAAGAAAAAUUUCGCGCAAGUAUAAUGCAAGUGCGCCCCACCGCACUGGCCCGCUAUCUCUCUCUCAUACCCGCACUUCUCGCCACUCUAUCGGCGAACAUACGUGCCGCGUGCGGUCUUCUCUCAUUUCUUGUAAUUUUCAGUGUUUUACUUGAUAUUUUCUGUGUUUUCAGGUUGAAAACCGCAUAAUAGAUUACUCAACGCGCACCAUCGGGAAGGGAGAGGUCCUUCAAUUCGAUCCGUCGCUCCGAGGUCAGAAAAAUUGUUUGUUGCCGUCGAAAAUUGAAAUUUUUAGGCGAAACGUCGGUCUCCGCCUAUCGAAGCCAUUCCAGUGAACACGAGCCGUUUGCUCUGAGGUAAACUCGUAUCGACUUCAGAGAAAAUGUUUUUUUCCAGCCCCGGCUCAAUCGACCGGCGCCAGCGUCCCCAUGUUCUCGUCGCAAAACUCUACAUUUCACGAAAUUCCAAAUAA